AUGCGUGUCGCGACGUCGUCGUCGUUCUACAGCGGCUACUACGGAUGUUCUACCAGUGUAGUGGCCAGUGUCAUCUUCUCUGCUGUGGUGUGCUGGGGAGGUGGCACCAACAAACUGGGCAAGCUGGUGAAGAAGGCCAAAAUGAUAGGGUUAUACAAUGCAUUUGAAGGCACCAUUAUAAAAUAUGUGUCUGCUGUUGUUUUGUCAGGAAUUCACAGUCAAGUGACUAAAGUGAGUAAAGUGUCAGUCAAGGCUGGAGGCUCCAUCUCUAUCCCAUGUCUCUAUGAGCCAAAGUACAGAUACCAUGUGAAAUACUUGUGUGAAGGACAGAAUUGGCCCUCCUGCACAUAUGCAAUUAAAUCAAACCAACCAAGUUCAGGAAAGUUUUCAAUCUCUGAUGACAAACAACAAAGAAUUUUCACUGUGACUAUUAAUAAUCUGAUGAAGACUGACACUUACUGGUGUGCUGUGGAGAAGUUUGGGUUCGAUGUCAAACAAAGUUUUCAGCUGUCAGUCGAAACAGGUACGUCAAGUCUCUACGUAGACCAACAGAAAAUUAAUGCAUUUGAAAGAGGAAGUGUGACUGUCAUGUGCCACUAUAAACAUCAAAAAGUAACAAAGUGGUGCAGGCUUGGCAGCACCUGUGUGACGGGUCAGACUGGCUCAAUAGACGGAACACCAGUAACCAUUAAUGCAAGUGUCACCAAAGUUUUCACUGUGACUAUGAGUGGACUGAGGACAGAGAGCAGCGGCUGGUAUUGGUGCGCCAACAAAGACUUUCAGAUACCAGUGCAUAUCACAGUUCAGAAAUUGACAUCUACUACAACUACAAUGAGCCCUACUACAAGAAUUUCUGUGCUGCUCUAA